AUGCAGAGCUUUGGCAAGGAAAACCACAGCUCCGUGUCCGAGUUCAUCCUCCUUGGCUUUUCCAGUGAGCCACACGUCAGGACAGCCCUGUUCACCUUCUUCCUCCUCCUCUACCUCAUCACCCUUUUGGGCAAUGGACUCAUCGUCACCCUGGUCUACCUGGACUCACGCCUCCACACACCCAUGUACUUCUUUCUCAGUAUCCUCUCCUUGGUGGACAUGAGCUAUGUCACCACCACUGUGCCCCAGAUGUUGGUUAAUAUGGUACAUCCGAGGAGAGCCAUCUCCUGGGGAGCUUGUGUAGCCCAGAUGUUCAUCUUCUUGGUCCUGGGCAUUGCCGAGUGUGUCCUGUAUGCCAUUAUGGCCUAUGAUAGGUAUGUUGCCAUUUGCUUCCCCCUUCACUAUACCCUACUCUUGAGCCAUCCCAUUUGCAUCAAGAUGGUCACAGUCUGUUGGUUCAUUAGCAUAGGUGGGGCCCUGGUCUACACUGUCUUCACCAUGCGUCUGCCUUAUUGUGGCCCUCACAAUAAGAUCAAUCACUUCUUCUGUGAGGUCCCUGCUGUCCUAAAAUUGGCUUGUGCAGACACAUCCCUCAAUGACCAGUUGGACUUCAUCUUGGGUUUUGUUUUCCUUUUGGUCCCACUCUCCCUCAUCCUGGCCUCUUAUGUGCGCAUCUUUGCCUCCAUCUUAAGAAUCCACUCAUCCCACGGGAGACUCAAGUCCUUCUCCACCUGUGCUUCCCAUGUCAUUGUGGUCACCAUGUUCUAUGGGCCCGCCAUGAUCAUGUACAUGAGACCUAGCUCCUGGUAUGACCCAGAGCAGGACAAGAUGCUGGCCCUGUUCUACAAUGUUGUCUCUGCCUUUCUCAACCCCAUCAUCUACAGCCUCAGGAACAAAGACGUCAAGGGGGCCUUUCUGAAAGUACUUGGAGACAUAGGGACAGCUCAAUGA